GGGCAGGUGUCGCCGGCAGUGUCGGUUGCCCGGGGGAUGAGCUCGGAGAAGGGAAACGUGUCGCGCACGCGGCCCCAGCGCUACCAGAACGCGCGCGCCUUCAGGAACGACAAAUACGACACCAGCGCCCGGCGCAAGAAAAUAAAUGCUAAGCUUCAUGAUGGAGUGUGUCAGCAUUGCAAAGGUAUCUUGGAGUGGCGAGUAAAAUUCAGCAAGUACAAACUACUAUCACAACCUAAAAAAUGUGUGAAGUGCCUUCAGAAGACUGUAAAAGAUCCUUACCAUAUUAUUUGUCGACCAUGUGCUGGUAAACUAGAAGUUUGUGCUAAAUGUGGAAAAGAAGAAGAAAUAGUAAUUCCGAUUGAUAAAGGACAAGACAGAACUGAGAGUGUGACUGCUAAAAAUGGCCAGAAGAGCAGUGGAUUGGAAGAUGAGCUGGAUUUUCAUACAAACUUCAGUAGCGUAGACAGUGAUGAAGAUUCUGAAGUGCUUGAAGAACGAUUUAAAAGUAUGAAUUUUGAAAGGACAGAGAUGUAAAAGGUUGAGUUUAUAUGAGAGACUGUGUACAAUCAACAGUGGUAAACCAAUGUUUGCCUUAAAUUGCUCUGAAAACCUGAUUUGACAUCUGAGGUCCUUGCAUAUAAAUGUUGGCACUGUGUAUUAUGACACUUUGUUGGGAGUUUUGUAUAAAUAAAUAUUUUUUUGUAUUAAGAGCAGAAUUUCUUGUGAAAGGAUUCAGAAAUUGAAUCUUUAAGCAUAGUUACUUCUUACAUACAUGUAACAACUUCCUGUGUCUCUGGAAUAAAGCAUCUUUAUGUAAUUGUUCUAAAUUCAGUAUUAUGUGAUGGUUGUAUUGCCACUUGGAAAGCUACAUGAAAGUCUAGAAUAAAUACAGAGUCUUGUCAUAAAAAGGAAGAGCUAUACCAGCUGUAAUAGUUUGCUGAGGGAAAAACUUGCCACUUCUGUCAGUGAGUUUCCAUACAGGGUCAAAAUACCAAGUGGCCGUUACUCUUAUGCCUGUUGUUUCUUUCUCUGCAAAAAGGGAGGGCCUAGAUGCCAUCACCAGUACAGUUCUUCAGCAGUUAACACUUAUUUACUGUAUAUAAAUAUGCAUUACAAAUGUGUGACCUUGUUACUACCAAUGUUUUGAAAAGAAAAAAACUGAAGACUUUAGAAUUUCUCAUAACAGGUCUCACACUUCCUUUUCCUUUGACUGUAUAUCUAAUGCAUGCAGAUCUGAUAUGAAAACACUUGUGUAGUGAUGCUUAUAUAGUUACUCUUCCUGCUUUUGAGUUCUUUCUAGGGGUUAUUUCAAUGUAUAUUAAGCUGUAGGAAGAACUUAACUGAAUUUGCAGUAACUGUCUUUUAUGGAAUUCAGGAUGAUUUGAUUUCUGUAUUGUCUGCUACCUCUAUAAAUAAAGCUGAAGAAGUA